CACACGCCACAAUGCUACCUAGCGAUUGAGCAAAUAUCAGAUCACUUAUUGUCCCUACAAAUCCGACAACAAAUACAAAACUGGGAUUUCGCAACUCCUUCCGAGUCAAUACACAAAAGGCCAUUGCGCCUCGCGUCAUUGAGAAACGGCAGGUAGUCAGGGUGGAUAUAUAGGCACUAUAGCGGAAGGACUGUUUGGUAUUAUAAGCCCCAGUCUCACGGCAUACCUGACGAGAAAUACGGUCUACGGUGUACAGGUUCUGCCAUGGAUCAAAGCAAAUCAACUCAACAGUUGCAGGCCAUUGAAAGCAACCCAGAUGAGUCUACGAGGCGUAUCGCUAAGGCCCUCAAGACGCUGUUUUUUCUGGCCAUGCUCCAAGUGCUGGCUGGGUUUGCGCACAUUCUGGCGGGAAGUGUAAUGUAUGUGUUUAUUUCGUCUACCGACAUUAGAGGCUUGAGCUUGUUUCCAUUUAGCUCUUGGAUUCCUUUUUGGGCUGGGGUUAUGAGUAUAAGUGCUGGUUUCAUUGGAAUUUACGCGUCUCGACAAACGCCUCUCAUAACAAAUGUUUGCAUGAAACGCUGGGUGUUUAACCAUAAUAUCCAGAGUAGUAUCUGCAAUUCUAUGUCAGUGAUGGCUUUGAUUUGGGCAAUCGUUGGGAUGACGAAAUGCGGCAAUGGAUUAACCUGCAACACGGCAACCACUGUGGCCAUUGCAAUGACCCUUGUGAUGGCCACUUUUCAAGCGAUCGUGAAUUCCACCAGUUACGGUGCCUACUUCUUCAAUCGACAAACCUACGGAAUGAGCAAAAGCUGGUGCAAACCCUAUGAAAACUGAUGUGGUCAAUGCCAAUGGUCGCCAAUAAUCGGCAAUGACAAUAGUCGCCAAUAGUUGCCAUUGCCAGUAGUCGCGUGUACUAUUACAUGGCAUAGGAAAAGACAAUUGGGUAAAAAAAAAAUUGCAUCAAAAAUGAUAUAUCGUGUUAAGUACCCCAAAUCCAGAGAUUUCAGGGUAAAUGCAUUGGAGGUAUCCGAUGAUUCAUUUUCAGUCCAUGAUGUGACAACCUCUCCCUUUUACCAAAGUUGUCUGAGUUUAGAAACCGAAAAAAACACGUAGAUCUAAAAAUACCAGAACACAAACAUGUACAUUGUACAUGUAUCAUAUAUGAGUGAAUAUGUAUUUCUCCAUUUAUAUAAAUUCUGACAAUAAUACAUAAAUUAUACUACAGGGUUAUUUAAGAGGAAUAUCUUGUUAGAUAUAUAUAAAUGUUUACAAAGGUGUUCACAAGUUUUUAUUCAUUCUCGUUUGUAGGCCUAUUGGUUAAUUUAUACGUUUGCAUAGUAAACUUUUAUCAUCAUCAAGUGGCGUCUUUGAACAAAGGCAUAUUUCUCUCAUUUAAGGCAUAUUUGUUUCUAGAUUUUUAUCACUGUCGUUAUGGUGAUAGAAAGGGGUAAAUUUCUCUAGUAACGCUAUAAAUAGAAAUUAGGAAUCGAAACGAUUUUAUAUAUUGUGAUAACUCAGGAGUUUUGGACAGGGUGAACCGUGGAGAUAAAUAGGAAAUUGUUGGAAUUUUCAGGAAAACUAUUUUUACUGUACCAGGAUUAUCGCACAUUGACUGCUUGUAAACAUAUCUUUCGUCUUACAUAACUAACGACCGAUUAUAUCUUUACCAUGUUUUUUACGAGUAGCGAAAGAAUUAUUUGAGCUUUUCAUGUUUUAACUUUGAUGUAUUUUUUAUGACACUGUACAUUGGUCUUCAACUGAAAUGAUAUCAAAAUAAAUAGGAGCACAAUAAGUAAAGAGGAACAGUUUUGAUGAAUAAGCAUAUUUAUGAUAAGAUAUAUAUAUUAUAGAAAGGAUUUUUAAUAUGUACAUAUUUUAUUAUACUG